UCCUGCUUUGUAUUUCGAGGAAUGCUACAGCCCCCAAUUUCUAUUUUUACCCGCAGGAAACUUUUUUCUUGCCUCUUGGGUGAUUUGGAUUUGGCUGUGUCUGCGCUCUCUCUGAGCAUCGCGUGAGUUCUAAGCAGCGAAGGUAGAGAGAGAAGCAGAGAUGGAUCCAGACGCAGUCGCCAAGGCUUUCGUCGAGCACUACUACUCGACUUUCGAUGCGAACCGAUCCGGCCUAGCGAACCUGUACCAGGAAGGCUCGAUGCUUACCUUCGAGGGCCAGAAGAUUCAGGGUUCUUCGAAUAUUGUGGCCAAGCUCACUAGUCUGCCCUUCCAGCAGUGCAAGCACAGCAUCUCUACCGUGGACUGCCAGCCUUCUGGUCCCGCCGGUGGUAUGCUUGUUUUCGUCUCCGGGAACCUACAACUUGUCGGGGAGCAGCACGCGCUCAAGUUCAGCCAGAUGUUCCAUUUGAUGCCAACGCCGCAGGGAAGCUUUUACGUGUUUAAUGACAUAUUUCGUUUGAACUAUGCUUGAGGACAAGAUGCACCACGGAGAAUCCAUAUGUGUUCAAGAUGUCCGGAUCUAGUUCAGUUUGCUGCUUAUCUUUGUGUUCAGUUCCAAGACACUUGUAGAAAACUGGGAUUUUGGUUCGUUGUUUUCUUUGUUUCAUUGUGCGUUCGUGCUAUAUAUAUAUUGGGGAUGGCUUUGUGAUGAUUGGUUGAACUAAUGAAAAAUGGUCUCUUUGGUUACUGCCUGAAGGGAUUGGAGUUUGAAAAGUUAA